AUGGACCUCUACCGCCAAAUCUCCGCCCUGCGCAACAAGACGCUCAAGAUCAUCCUCCAGCGGCACCCGACCUCGACCCUCUACUCGGCGCUCGUCCUGCCCGUCAUCGCCUCGCUGUACCUCGGCCUCGGCCAAAAGUUCAACCACGCCGACGACAAGUACGGUGUCGGCAGCCCGGGCAGCAUCGACGCCCUCGGCGACGCCCUCGGCAAGGCCACCGGCGGCCGCGACACCGUCAUCCUCGUCAACUCGGGCCUCUCCGGCGGCGCCAUCGACACCGUCAUCGGCACUGUCGCUGAUGCUGUCACUUCCGCGGGGCGCAACGCCACCCGGCUCGCCAGCGAGUCGGACAUUGGCUACGUCUGCGCGGGCUCCAUCCGCGCGACAUCGCCGUGCUUCGGCGCCGUCGUCUUCCACUCCUCCCCCGACGAAGGGUCCGGCGGAGGAGGAGGGGGGUACUGGAACUACACGCUGCGCGCGGACGGCGCCCUCGGCAUCUCCUUCCGCGUCGACAAGAGCGACAACGCCGCCGAGGUUUACGCCCUGCCCCUGCAGCGCGCCGUCGACGCCGCCAUCGCCAAGCACGACGCCGUCUCCUCCUUCCCCGUCGCCGGCGCCGCCCACCAGUACCCCUUCUCCGCGCUCACCGAGGACGAGCGCGAGGCCAAGGUGCGGCGCGACUACCAGCAGACCUUCAUCAGCUUCCUCAGCGUCGCCUUCCUGAUGGCGCUCAUCGGCGUCUGCUACCACAUGCCGGGCCUCAUCGCCGCCGAGCGCGAGACGGGCAUGUCGCAGCUCAUCGACGCCAUGAUGCCCGCCGCCGCGCCCUGGCACCGCCAGCUCGCCCGCCUCCUCUCCCACCACUCCGCCUUCACCCUCACCUACCUGCCCGGCUGGGUCGUCGCCGGCGUCGUCAACCGCAUCCUGAUCUGGACCAACGUCAGCUACGGCGUCGUCGUGCCCUUCUUCGUGAUCGCCGGCGUCGCCAUGACCUCCAUGUCGCUGCUCGGCGCCUGCUUCUUCAGCAAGGCCCAGCUCUCCGGCAUCGUCACCGCGCUCGUCUGGCUCGUCCUCGGCAUCGUCGCCCAGGCCGUCCCCCACCCGGGCACCGCCACCGUCGCCAUCCUCGGACUACUCUUCACCCCGUGCACCUUUGUCUACUUCAUCACCUACAUCGCGCGCUACGAGCAGGAGGCCCUGCCGACCGACCUGCUGCGCGCCCACCCAAACAGCCCCUGGAAGCUGCCCGGCAUCGUGCUCUGGGUCUUCUUCGCCCUCCAGAUCCUCGCAUACCCGCUGCUCGCCGCGUUCCUCGAGCGCGCGCUGCACGGCGUCACCACCGGCACCCGCCAGAACGCGCCGCCACCCGCCAGCAGCGGCGGGCUGCCCGAUGCCGUGCAGAUCCGGAACAUGACCAAGAUCUACAAGCCGACACUCCUGCGCCGCCUGUUUGCCUUCGCGUCGCCGCCGCGGCCCGAGGUGGUCGCCGUCGACUCGCUGACGCUCACGGCCAAGAAGGGCCAGAUCCUGGCGCUGCUUGGCGCUAACGGUAGCGGCAAGAGCACGACGCUCGACGCCAUCGCGGGCACCAGCAACUUCUCCAGCGGCGACAUUGCCAUCGACACAACCGGCGGGCUGGGCGUCGCGCCGCAGAAGAACGUCCUCUGGGACGACCUCACCGUCGAGGAGCACCUCGGCAUCUUCGCGCGCCUCAAGACGCCCUCGAACCCGGCCACCCCGGCGCAGGUCACCGACCUGAUCCGCGCCGUCGGCCUUGCCAAGAAGACCAAGGCCAUGGCGAAGACGCUGUCCGGCGGACAGAAGCGCAAGCUGCAGCUCGGCAUGAUGCUGAUUGGCGACAGCGCCGUGUGCUGCGUCGACGAGGUCUCGUCGGGCAUCGACCCGCUCUCGCGCCGAAAGAUUUGGGACAUUUUGCUGCGCGAGCGUGGUAGCCGUACCAUUAUCAUGACGACGCACUUCCUCGACGAGGCGGACCUGCUGGCGGACAACAUUGCCAUCCUGUCCCGGGGUCGGCUUCGCGCCGAAGGUUCCGCAGCGCAGCUCAAGGAUACCUUCGGCUCCGGCUACCGCGUGCGCGUGCUCAACGCGCGACACAUGCUGGGCCGCGCGCCCGAAGUCGAUGGCGUCGAGCGUCUCGUCUCAUCCAACACCAUCACCUACGUCGCGGCCUCGGCCGCGCUCGCCGCCUCCGUCAUCCGUACGCUCGAGGCCAGCGGCGUGCCGUACAAAUUCUCUGGGCCGACCAUAGAAGACGUCUUCCUCAACCUGGCUGACGAGGCCCGCGACCACGGCAUGAAAGACCAAGUUGCCUCGACGGGUGCCGCUUCGGAGGCCAAGCUCAGUUCGAGCGAGAGCAACGGCGCCGGCGACGGGGAGAAGCUGACCGCGGGUUCAGGCCAGCCGCUCCCGCUUCUGCACGGUCGCCAGCUGGGCCUCCUUCCGCAGGUCGCAGUCCUCCUGCGGAAGCGUUUCGUCAUUUUCAAGACCAACUGGGUGCCGUACGUCGCCGCGUUCCUGAUCCCGAUCGUCGCGGCGGCCAUUAUCCAGCUGCUCGUCAGGAACAUUGCGGCCCCGGGCUGCUCGCCGCGGGAACGCAGCAGUGACACCAAGAACACCGACUUUACGGACCUUCUCGGUUCGCCCUUUAUCGUGGGGGGUCCAUCCGCCACGUUUAGUGCUUCCUCCAUUGCAGACGUCUUUAAGCCCAUCAUCCCGAACCUUGCCGAAAGCGUUGCCAACCACAUCAAAGUGGUCGACUCGUUUGACGCCUUUAAAUCAUACAUCGAGAACAACAGGAAGAAUGUCACCCCCGUAGGUCUUUGGCUUGGCCAGACCGGGUCUUCCCCUACGUUGGCCUACAAAAUUGAUAAUGGAGUAUCCAUGUUCACCUCGACGCUUGGCCAAAGCCUUCUGGAUAGCUUGCUCAUGAACAAGACUAUUGCGACCCAAUACAAGCCCUUCGACAUUGCUGCGGCGCCUUCUACGGGCAGCGGGCUGCAGGUCAUUGUGUACUUUGCACUCGCAUGCUCUGUCAUCCCGGGCCUGUUUGGCCUCUACCCGAAUUCUGAGAAACGCAACGGAGUGCGUGCGCUGCAAUAUUCGAGCGGUGCUCGCGCAUUUCCCGUCUGGGCAGCCCACGCGCUCUUUGACUGGUCCAUCAUGAUCGUUUCCAUGCUUAUUGCAGCGGGUGUUCUGGCGGGCACGUCGAGUAUCUGGUACCAUGUCGGCUUCUUGUUCCCCAUCUUCCUAUUUUACGUGUUGGCGGCCAUCUUGAUAACGUACUUUGUGUCUCUCAUCAUGAAGAGCGCACUGGCCACGUAUGCGAUCGCUUCGGUGAUCCAAGGGCUGGGGUUUGCAAUCUACCUAAUUGCUUACUUCUUCAUCUUGCUGUAUUCGGACCCAGCCGAGACUGAAAAGAGUGUCUUGAUUGGGCAUUGGGUUAUUGCCAUCUUCUUCCCGACGGGUUCUCUGGUGCGCGCACUCAUGGUGGCCCUCAAUGUCUUUUCUACGACUUGUGACGGCUUUGCUCUGCAGAGUAACCCUGCUGCAAUGAAGGCGUACGGCGGCCCGCUCGUGUAUCUCAUCGUGCAGUGCAUCUUCUGGUUCAGCAUGGUGGUGUACUUUGAGAGCUCGGAUGGAAAAUACAAGACUGGAAAGCCGCAGUACAGCGAGGAUACGGAGGACCCGGAGGUGGCCGCAGAAGAGGUUCGCGUGGAGGGGCCCGGCGAAGAAACGGAUGGCCUGCGAGUGGUACACCUGACCAAGGCGUUUGGCAAGACGACUGCCGUUGACAAUGUAACGUUUGGUGUUGGUCACGGCGAGGUGUUUGCGCUGCUCGGCCCUAAUGGCGCAGGGAAGUCGACAACGAUAUCAAUCAUUCGCGGCGACAUUGCCCCAAGCCGGCUAGGCGGCGACGUCUUUGUGGAGAAUGCAUCGGUCACGAAGAACCGACCGGCUGCACGCGCAAAUCUGGGAGUAUGUCCGCAAUUCGAUGCCAUCGACUCCAUGACGGUAGUCGAGCACCUGCAACACUACGCACGCAUCCGCGGAAUUAGCGACGUUGAUCAGCAAGUCAGAGCAGUCAUCCGUGCAGUUGGCCUGGAAGCAUACACCGGCGUCAUGGCCCACACACUUUCCGGCGGCAACAAGCGUAAGCUGUCCCUCGCCAUUGCGCUGACCGGCAACCCUUCCGUCAUCCUCCUCGACGAGCCCUCGUCUGGUCUCGACGCCGCGGCGAAGCGCAUCAUGUGGCGGACGCUCGAGGCCGUCGUACCCGGACGAUCGAUUCUGCUCACGACGCACAGCAUGGAGGAGGCCGACACGCUGGCGACGCGGGCGGGCAUCAUGGCGCGGCGCAUGCUGGCGCUGGGGGGCACGGAGCAGCUGUGUCAGAAGUUUGGCGACACGCUACACGUGCACAUGGUGAGCGAGACGGCGCCGCACUCGAGCGAUGAGGAGAUGCAGCAGAUUCAGGCGUGGGUCAUGGAGACAUUCCCGGGAGCAAGAGUCGAGCAGGAGACGUUUCACGGACAGAUGCGCUUCUCGAUUCCGGCGUCGUCGGUUCAGGUCUCGGGUGGCGGUAACGCAAACAGCCGGGGCGGAAGUGGAAGUGGAAGCGGCAGCGCCAUCGGACAGCUGCUGCUGAUCCUCGAGGAACACAGAGAGAAGCUGGGGGUUGCACACCACAGUGUCAGCCCUACGACACUGAACGAAGUCUUCUUGACGAUCGUUGGUAAAUAUGACGUGCUGGAGGAGGGCGAGGCGACACCGAAGAAGACGCCGUGGUGGAAGAGGUCGAUAUUUUGA